CUUUUGAAAAUGGCGAACGUUUCCUCGUCUGAUUUGUUGUGGGAUCAUGCAGGCGAGGAUUUAGAGGACAAUCCCUUGAUAAAUACCUAUAGCACCGAUACUCCGGCUAGACAAAGAGGCAACAGGCGUGCUGUACAUGAUAUUGAUCGUGAGGGUGUCCAAUUGUCCUAUUAUCAGACGGUGAAGCUGCUGGAAAAUCUGGAGGAAAGCAGUGAAACUCUUAAACAGUACCUGGAAGAUCUCAACGAAUCAUCACAGGAGAAUGACAGGGAUACCACAACUAUCAACAGCUCUAUGAGACAGAGAUUUUGCCAGAAAUGUCUGCGAGCGCUUCAACAAAUCACAGGAACAAAGACCAUUAUCUUUACCCUGCUCUUACAGGGAAUAAAUCUACUAAUCCAGACCAUCAUCGACAUCUGGUCAAAGAAAGAUGAUGACAAUGCUAUUGUGGUGAGUUGUGUCACCAUGAUAGUUUUACAGCUUGUCAAUCUCAUCCUCAUCAUGUUUAGUUCAGUCAAGUUGGCACAGCAACUGGUGGGACGGAAAGUCAACGGCAUCUUAAUGGUCCAGUCCUACUUUGCCUCCAUUUUGUUGUUUGCAGGACUGUACACUGUCACAAGUCGAUUGAAGCCUGGGUCGUGGAAGGAUAUUCGCGAGUCAGUGGAGGAGAGUCCGGGCCUCAUCAUCGCAUUAUAUACCAAAUUUUUGUAUUUCUCUGUUUCCACGGCAACUUUAUGUGGGACAGCCAGUACUUCCCCGUUCGAGUGGUACAAUUACAUAUUUGUGUCAUUACAGAUGUUGCUGAGUUUCAUGUACUUUGCCUCCAUUCUCGGCCAUGCCUUAACACCCUUUGCUGGAGAAAGUCCCAAACAAACGAGGCUGCGAGCAAUAUCGGCAGCACGACGGGAACCUGAUGCCAUAACACCCUGUAUCAGGGCCACGCCCCUACCAGCUAACUAUGGGACCAUCAAUGAUGGCUGAUUGUGAAGGGCUUGGAUUGGAUAGCCAAUCUCCUUAGAAACAAAAAGACAGAAUAACAGUAUUGUGCCAGUUCUCCGUGUACCUGUUACAGGGUGAUGUUUUGAGUUCCAUACUUAUUCUGGACAAUCAGAAAAUGGAAACAUAUUCAGAUUUGCAAAGAACAUAUUCUCACAGAAUGUUGAUUUGAGGACAGUGCCAUCAAGCUUCAGAUUCACUAGAUUUGUAGUUACGGCAAUGCAUCCAAUGUUUCAUGUAAAACAUACACCUUUCAAAUUGUUCGUUUAUGGGACUAUUUUUGUGCAGAGAUGACUUCGGGAUUCAAGGAAUCAUCUUUUUUAGAAAUAUUUGAAUUCUGUUGUGGUACAUGAAUUAUUUUAUACACAUUACAAACAAAACAGGAACCAGGCACAUCCAUAUUGACUUGGUGUAAUGGUGGCAUCAUAUAGACUAUCUGAUGGGUAAAUCUAAUCUCAACACCGCGGCACCAUCAAAAGUCUCACACAAUGGAACACCCAGUAAUGGUGGCAUCAUAUAGACUAUCUGAUGGGUAAAUCUAAUCUCAACACGGCGGCACAAUCAAAUGUCUCACACAAUGGAACACCCAGUAAUGGUGGCAUCAUAUAGACUAUCUGAUGGGUAAAUCUAAUCUCAACACUGCGGCACCAUCAAAUGUCUCACACAGUGGAAAACCCAGUGGAGGGAGAUCUCCCACACUGGGCUUCUUAGAGGUUGGCAACCCUGCUAUCACAGUGUGUGUGGCACAAGGUCACAGCUUGACUUCUAUUGACACAAACGCAUCAUUGAAUGCAUGGCUGCUGUAUUUGUUGUGAAAAUGAUGCAUAACAAAGAAUCAAUAAUAUUGUGACAAAUGUUAGGUUUUGUUUUUGAGAAGAAAAGUCCAUGCAUUUUCUACAGUAUAGCUGUGAGUCUGUUUCUGCCGGUGACAUCAUCCUCAGAGGGAUCCCAGCUAUUAAGCUCUAUACAAACAAGUGUUUUGGAUAAACAUAAAUUAUUGUGAUUUUGGUUUUACAUAAUUUCACUUCAAAAAAUACUCAAUGCAAGAUUCCUCAAUUUGGAAAUAUUUUUAGAGCAAAGUUUUUACUUUAUACACAAACAAUGAACAUAUUAAACGUACACAAAAGUUCAAGACUGACUGGUCUCUUUGUCAAGCUAUGACUGAGUGAGUGAUUUGCCGAGUCAUAGCUUGACAAAAUGUUAAAGGGACCAGUCGGUUUUGAAAUGUUGCGACAAGUUUAAUAUCUUCAUUGUUUCUAUUCUAUAUAUAUUCUAUACAUAUUUCUAAUCACUUGUUUUAAGUCCUUUAACCUUAAAUUAUCUUUGAUAAUUUCUAUAUUUGACAUUGAUGAUUUGAUUCAUUUCUCAUAAAUGGACAACGAAAUCCAAUGUUAAUUGUGACUUGAUCUGUAUAUCAUUGUCAGUUCCCUGUAAACUUCGACAUUGUAUCUAACAUUGUGGUGAUUUGAUAAUUGUAUAUUUUUAGCUCACCUGCCCCAAGAGCAAGUGAGCUAAUGCCUUGGCGCGUCGUCUGUCUGGCGUCGGUAUUUUACUUUUAACAACUUCUUUUCAAUAACCAAAAAGCCUAGGGUGAUGAUAUUUGGCCAGUAGUAUGCUGGG